AUGAGCUAUCUAUUGUAUUGGCUUUGGCCAGAUGUUUUUUCAUGUGGCGGUUUUCUAGAAAUUCCGUCAAAAUCCUGUCAUCUGGCAAAACUGGAAAAAAAUACUAAAUUACCCAUAAAAGAACAUACUGAAUCUGAAUUUCAGUUUCAAUUAUCAUGCUGUCAUUCUACUGAUGGUCGCUGUCCAAUUCGACAAACAGGAAUAUAUAAUUUGGUGAAGUGUAACGAACCUUGUCAUGCGGUCAUAAAAUGUCGACGAAAAUGUCAAGAAGUGUGCGAAAAAACAUUGAUUUGUGGUCAUUGUGUCUCGAAAGGUGAGGGUGAGUUAUCAUUAUUGUUAAGUCAAAGUAAAAUACCCAUGGAUAAAUUAAAUUACAUUAAAAAUACGUUUGUGCUUAUAAAAGAAAGUAACCGUUUAUUGUUAAAUAUUAAACAACAAUUUUCAGCAGAGGAUGAUGGAUAUCAACAAAUAAACGAUUGUUUACAACGUUUUAUUAUUUAUGUAAAUAAUCAAAAUUAUUGUUAUUCUAAACAAAAAUUAAACUAUAUUACACAUGAAUUAUAUCGGAUAAAGCGUUAUAUUCAUCUGCUUUCGUUAAUGGAUGAAGCAGAAAUUAAACAAAUACAGUUAGGUAAUAGUAGUGCAGCAAGUACACUAACAAAUGAAUUAAAAAUAUUAACACUAAAAUAUCGUCCGUUUAUAAUAAAAAAUUGUCGAAAAAUUUGA